AUGUUCCGCAGACUGACUGGGAGAGAGAAAGUUGACGGGAGUAUCCUAAGCAAAUUAAAGGAAUUAACCCAAUUUUCUCAAGCAGAUUUGAAAAUUAUUAUUCAAGGCCUUCAUAAAACCGAUCCUGCUCAAUAUAUCAUUGACAAGGGAUACGGCCAUACCUUUGAAGAGGCCAGGAACGAGUAUGAUACGAGACAACUGAUGUGGAAGCAUGGAGUGGACCGUCAGGACGCUAAGGGCGCACUAGAAAAGUCCAAUGGUGAUAUCAACAAGGCGGACCAGGCUUGCAAAGAGCUUGCGGAUGCAGCAAUGAAAAAUCUCCAGAUUCCUUUUGUUAUUCCUACAAGGCACACACGUAGUGCUCCGAGCGUGACCAAAAAUACUCGGGUAGUCGCUGUGCUCGGAGCGGAUGAAGGGCUCAAUGAUCCGAAUGCCGCAAGCCCAUCACUGGGGGAUGGGUGGAUGGUGUCCAAUUUUUAUCUCUGGCUCAUCGUUCUAGAUGGAGUGGGAAAGAGCCAGCAAUGGAUCAUUGGCAUGGACCCUGCGUAUCUACUGGAUAAAUAUGGGCGGGAGGACGAAAUGACAAUGGAGGACAUAGAGGGUAAUGGAACAGUCCUGAAACCGGUCCAAACAAAAUGUGCCGCAGGGUUCAUUCAUGGAGAUCCCUUCGAGGAACGCAAAGUUGUUCUCGAUGACUACCUGCUUCCAAGAAUCCGUGAUCGAGUCACCAUUGGGCCGAAAGGGUCCGCGCUUCGUGACUUCUUUCUGAAUCAGUUGGAAGAAACAGUCAAAGAUGCUGCUCAAUGUGGGGACAAGAGUUCUGCUAAUGAUAUUUCAUAUGGGGACUACGACACGGACGGUGGGCUCCUCGUUGGUGUUUCUCCGUUUGAUAACGAGGAGGAUAUCAAAGAUGCGGUCAUUCGCCCUCAAUACAUCGUCUCCAUUCUUGCUCAGCACCCUGGUGUAAAACUGACCAUUUUAUAUGACCUCAUGCUACUCUGGCCACUGGGUCGAGACUGUUGA